AUGAAGAAGACGAAAAUCUUCCAGUCCUCUAGCUUCGGCCAUGAAGUUAACCGUCUAUUCUCUACUUCUUCAUCUGCUUUAUCCAUGGCGAAAUCUUCUGCAAAUAAUUAUCAACCUCAAACUAAACCAUAUAUCCACGAACCAAUCUUCAAUCCGAUUCGUCAUUUCAUUGAUACACUCCUAAAAUGCAAUAACCUUGAGCAAAUCAGACAAGUUCAUGCUCAUAUUACUAUCUACGGUUUAGCCUGUAGGGAUGAUAAACAUCUUAGAUUUGGAAAGUUGAUUCAUCAAAUCCCUUUCAAGUUCGGUUUGCAAUUGGAUGAAUUUAUAGUAGCUGCACUUGUAGAUAUGUAUUCUAAUUGUAAUAUUCUUGAUGAUGCACGCCAAAUGUUUGAUAAAAUGCCAAAGAGAGAUUUAACUACUUGGACUGUUAUGGUUAGUGCAUUUGCUAAGUCUGGAAACCUUAGUGAGUCUCUUGUAUUGUUUGAUUCAAUGAUAGAUGAAGGUUUUGUUCUCGAUAAGAUUUCUAUGGCGACGGUUGUUAACGCUUGUGCGAAAAGCGGGGCUAAGAUUAAGGCGAGAUUAGUUCAUGAUUAUUUGUUGUGGAAGAUUUUUUCGAUUGAUGUAAUUCUUGGCUUGACGAUAAUUGAUAUGUAUGCUAAGUGUGGGAAUGUUGACUAUGCUCGGGUGAUAUUUGACGAGAUGAGUCGAAAGAAUGUGACCUCUUUGAUUUAUUUAAUAUAA